UUUCCGUUACGGUCAGCAUCGAACAGAACGUCGGCGAGACUUUUUCUUACUUUGCAUUUUUAUUUAAACGUUUUUAAGACUUUAAGAUAGCUGAGAUAGAUGGGACGUUUGGUUAUACUAACAAGGAGGGCAGCAGAAUUCGACGAGAUUUCCGUUAAAGUCACACUGACUGGUUUAAAUGACUGAGGAGGAGCUCCUACAAAUGCGCGUCCCGCGGCGCUCCUCCGCGUUAAACGCGCGCAGUCGGAGAUGGAGACGCACCUGAGGAGCUCCGCGUGUUUGUGUCUGCAGGCUGCUGAACAGGAUGGCUGCUGAGGAGAGGCACAUGACGUCCAGCUGUGGCUCCUACAUCAAGACCGAGCCCUCCAGUCCGUCCUCUCUGGUGGACACGGCCAGCCACCCCAGUCCCGGCGCACAUUCGGACGCCAGCGGCGGCUACGCAAGCGUCAUCAACAGCCACUCCAACGGCCUGGACUCUCCGCCCAUGUUCACGGCGGGCGGGCCGCUGGGCGCGGCGGGGAGCGCCUGCCGCAAACGCUAUGAGGACUGUUCCAGCACGUUACUGGAGGACCCCGGCUCCAUCAAGUGUGAAUACAUGCUCAACUCCAUCCCAAAACGCCUGUGCCUGGUGUGUGGAGACAUCGCGUCGGGGUACCACUACGGCGUGGCCUCCUGUGAAGCCUGCAAGGCCUUCUUCAAGAGAACAAUACAAGGUAACAUCGAGUACAGCUGUCCGGCCACCAAUGAGUGCGAGAUCACGAAAAGAAGACGCAAGUCCUGUCAGGCGUGCCGCUUCAUGAAGUGCUUGAAAGUGGGCAUGCUGAAGGAAGGUGUUCGGCUAGAUCGUGUACGAGGAGGCCGACAGAAAUACAAGAGGAGAAUGGAUGCAGAAAACACAGCCUACCUGGGGCUCACACUGCCACCGCCAGCCAAAAAACCCUUGACGAAGAUCGUGUCCCAUCUGCUGGUAGCUGAGCCAGAGAAGAUCUACGCCAUGCCAGACCCCACCAUGCCCGAGAGCGACAUCAAAGCGCUGACCACGCUGUGUGACCUGGCCGACCGCGAGCUGGUGGUCAUCAUCGGCUGGGCCAAACACAUCCCAGGUUUCUCCAGCCUGUCUCUGGGAGACCAGAUGAGUUUACUGCAGAGCGCAUGGAUGGAAAUCCUGAUCCUGAGCAUCGUCUUCCGCUCGCUGCCCUACGAGGACGAGCUGGUGUACGCGGAGGACUAUGUGAUGGACGAGGAGCACUCGCGGCUCACGGGCCUGCUGGACCUCUAUGUGUCCAUCCUACAGCUCGUGCGCAAGUACAAGAAACUCAAGGUGGAGAAGGAGGAGUUUGUCACGCUGAAGGCCAUCGCACUCGCCAACUCAGACUCCAUGCACAUAGAGGACGUGGAGUCAGUUCAGAAGCUCCAGGACGCCCUUCACGAAGCGCUGCAGGACUACGAGAGCUGUCAGCACACAGAAGACCCUCGGCGGGCGGGGAAGCUGCUGAUGACGCUGCCGCUGCUCCGGCAGACGGCCACCAAGGCCAUCCAGCACUUCUACAGCAUCAAGAUGCAGGGCAAGGUGCCCAUGCACAAACUCUUCCUGGAGAUGCUGGAGGCCAAGGUCUGAUUGGCCGCUCGUCGCGUGACAUCAUCGGGGCCAGAGACUGCGGAGGACAGCCUGAGACGUUUUCUGAAGACCUGAAAAAAUAAUAACUUGGUUUAAAACAUAAAUAUAAAUGGAAAAAUAAUUUAAAAAUCUAUAACAAAUACUAUGUACUUGUACAGUGAUGCUUUUUGUUCUUGAUCUGUGCUUAUAUAUGAUGGAAGAAACUGUAAGUAAUUUCAGAGCGAGUAGUCAUUUUUUUGUUCCGCUAACUCUCCGUACGUGUCGCCAACAACCUCAGUCCGGCCCUCGGACGACGCCAGGACACCUUGAGGACUUGUAAAUAUUCAUGGCGGCGAGCCGCAGGAUUUGGCCGAGGCUGGACGUGGAAGCUGCUGCCGGUUCUUCCCUAAAUGUGAACUUGCUGACGUCCUUGAAAAUACCUCUUCUUGAAUCCUGGGAGGACGGCGUUUGUGACGCGUUCAUCCGGGAUCUCAGUCAUCUUACUCUAGUAACUCAGCAAUAAAUCAAGCCGAUGAGGAGCGCCCACCUCUUGAGUUGCACUGUACUGCUUUUUUAAAUGACUUGUUAUUGUUGUCGCUGAUGUUUUGGCCUGGAUGUAGUCAGUGGGUGGAGGGGACGAGGUUUCAAAGGAUUUACGACGUGUGGCAGAAGUCCAGGACGCUCCGUGUUCAAACAAUCAGAUGCCCAUAUGUCAAACGACCUAUUUUGGGCUUGUUAAGCCACCGGCAGAGGAAACGAGGUGCCCGUCAUCAUCUGCUCAGACCCUGCCAGGACUUUUAUAGCCAUGUAUCUGAAUGAAGGUGGGCGGCAGGUGCGGGUCUUUAUCACCAGCUUUAUUUUUAGGUCUUGGAAGACGACAGCAGAUUGAACAGGAGGGUGUUUGACCUCAUGUUGACACAAUAGCAUCGCUUCGAAAAUGGCCUUCGAACUCGCCGGCCCUAUAAACAGCUUAUUACCCCUAGAUCCACUUGACAGCAGACCACCGUACGGCCGUCAGUCCCAGAUAUCCAUUAGGAAUGGAGGACUGUGGGGAUUCAGUGCUGUGACUGAAGGGUCACAGGGUUUGAUUGUGUCCAGGGGUGCGUUUCCCAAAAGCAACUAUGGUCACCAACAUAGAGUAGUUUAACGAUUCUGUGUAUCCCAAAGCAGUUAUAUGCGGUUAUAAGCGUCUUGUUGGAAUGAUGUGGACUUAAAUAGAUUGUGCUCAGUUUGCACACUAAGCAAGAUAACAUGCAGUGCAUUUUAUAGCAUUUAAAUUUUCAGUUCAAUUCAAAUUGACAUUUUUGGAUCAAACAUCAAAUAAAGCAACCAAUUACAAACCACAUAUUAAUUAGAUUAACUAUAACAAUCGGACAUAAAAUUACGGUCAAAUUAAUAAAAUUAGCAAAAAAAUGUCUAUUUUCAAUAGUGUAGAGAUGUCUGAAGCACUUUCAAACCUGUUGCAUGAUAAAUUCACGUCAACUAAAUCUGCAUGAUUGUGCAAAACUCUCAAUAAUGCAGAUUCCGAUUGGACCAGUGUUAAGUGAUUUAGUCUUAGUCUUUAUCUUGAGACGAAAAUGCUUAAUAGUCUUAGUCACAUUUAAGUCAUUUUAGUCUUAAAUAGUUUUAGUCUACUUUAAGUCAACGAGAAGUUAUUACAUUUUUGUCAACUUUUAAUCAUUACUUUUAGUCGAGCUGCAGUUACCAACAUUUAUUUUGGUAGCUAUUUUCUGUGUAGUCUUCAAACAAAAAUACUCAACCCAAUUAAGCUUAUGAGAAAUUGGAAUCAAGGAUUGAAUGGAAAAACUUGAAUAAAUGAUGACAAUCUUAAUUUUUGGGUGAACUGUCCCUUUAACAGUUGUGAAAAGGGAGCAGCUUAUAAAAAUUAUAGUUGUUCAUAUAUAAUAUAUUUAAUACAUAUAUAAUUUAUCGUUUUUAAAAAAGAAGCAGAAUAAGACAAGACAAAUAUGAAAGAGAUACAAAUUAAACUAAUUUUUCAGAUACAGUUGGCUUACUUAAAAUAUUUAACAUCUUUUGUUGGUUAACAUUAUAAUGACACGGAUGGGUACUUAAUUAGGAAUGCUGUUCCUUUAAGACGGAAGGCAUGCAUGUAAUACUGACACUGUAUUUACGUGAGAUAUUCUACACAAAAACAUUUGUACUGCUGUGUGUGUAUUUGAGCGCUGAGAACUGAUCGCACAAAGUGGAGCGUGCGCGAGAGAGAGCACUUCUAUCAGCGCGAUUCCACCAAUCCUGCCUUCACUAACUGUGAGUUAAUCAACAACGAAUUGUAACUCCCGGGAAAAACGGGACGUCUGGUCACCUCAUCCCUACACUUUCGGGUGCUAAGGCCAUUCUGUCCAUCCACUGCGGCUGCCAUAUUGAGACUAGAUAUGCGAAAUUGCGAACGCAACGCCCCUCAUCCGAUUGCAAUCCAAUGACAGGGUCGCACAUUUUGAAGGACAAGCAUAUAUGAUGUAUUUUGUAUGUCCUGUAGUCCUCAAAUAACAUCAUCGUCUCGUCUUGUUAACGAAGACGCUGCAUAUAUUUCGUCACAGUUUUUAUCAUCAGAUGUUAGUUUUAGCUCGUCAACGUCUCGUCUUUGUCACAGAAAAUAUGUUCAUUAACGAAUAUUUUUCGUCGUCGUCUUCGUUAAAGAAAUUAACAAUGGAUUGGACCGACUGGAUUUCGCCUGUGAAACAGUAAAAGUGACCACAUCUUAUUUGCAAUCUUGAAUUGAUUAAUUAGCAGUCGUUAUUACUCCACCCCCGGAGUGUGACAUCAUUAACGAGAGGCCUAUUUUGUUAAGUGCGAACUUGCUACUACGGUUUUGGGAAACAGUUGUGUCUAGUUAGUUGCAUUGCACUACGGUGGUUAAGCAGCGAGUUUUGUCAUGUUUGGGAAACGCACCCCAGGUCGAAUCUCUCUCUGUGAUGCCGAGGUCUCUCAUUGGCUUCCUGAUGGAAAGAAAACCCGAACCCACCACAGUCUCGAGCCGACCAGACCAGAUAGCGAGAGAGAAGAUAAUGCAGGGAUUCAUUUUAUAUGCAGCGGCGCAACUGUGUGGAUUCACAUUAGGGAUCAAUUCUGAUUGAAAUCAUGCCAAAGCAGAGCACAUCUGAGCGACAUGAACGCAGACGCUUCAAGCUACAGCACGCAGAGGUGAAUUCACACGUCACUGAGUUCUGAAUACGCCAGAACACAAUUCAUAACAUAACACAAUAGUACCACAAUGCUUUAUGAACAUCUGUUAGUCAUGCUCUGAGAUGGACACACGGUAAUGAACAUAUAUGCAACAUUCACUUAGCUACCUCAUCAUUCAUCCACGUCUGGACAUUCUGUAAAUGCUGUCCUUUAUUUCGCCUGUUUGUGUCAUGUGGACAGUAACACAACUUCUGGUAUCGCUAGAUAACUAGGUUAACUUCUCACAUACCACACUAACCACCAAAGCACACUACAUUCUUACCACGUCCUGUUCGGUGCACAGGUUUAGGUGCUUCCUUUCUACUUUUUUUUUUGACAACGGGACACUUGGACACAUUCAUCAUCUACCCAAAAACACAUUACUGUGUGAGUGGCGUGAAUGUUGAUCUGUGCCUCUCCGUUCACUGUUUAAGAAGGAAAAGAUGCAUAUCUGUAAAUGCUGUCAUUUAUUUAUGUGCUCCUCCCGCAGCAUGCCAGGGUCAGAAUUGGUCCCUCAAUGUUCAAAAUGACGAAGGCUUUUGUGUUUCUCCUCAAGAUAUUCAUUGUGUAUAUUAUAUCACUUUGGCCACGCUGUACUGUACAAUAAUAUUGUUCAUUUAACAAACACCUGUGUCACUUUCUUUUUUAUGUCAAAAAAAUGGAAAAGUAACAAAGUCAUUCUCUCAAAG